AUGCCCCUCUUCUGCAAGUCUCCUCACUUCCGUCACCGAACAGGAUGGAUCAGACUACUCCUUGUUGCACAGCAUGCUUACUGCAUCCAAUCUGCAACUUUCGUAGGCUCCGCACGCCCGGAUGGUGACAAUGAUAAUGCAUUUAUUGGUCAAGCCUCAGCCGGCUUUAACAGUACCGUAUACCCCAUUCUGUACUUGAAAAGCACGGUACUUUCCAUUCGCAGGCUCGUGUUUACUGCGUUUGCCUCUCUUCUCACGAAAGAGGGCCGGCAGAUUCACGGCCACAUGAUGUAUCCUCGUUUCUCAUCGACAGUGUAUGCUACCAUACGUCCUGGCAAUGACCAGAAGGCAGCUUUCGGCGAAACCGCUCUGAUAGCAGCCAAGUUCGAAGAAUGUUGCGAAACUCUACAAAUUAUCUGUACGAUUUGCGAAAAUCUGAAGAGCAACCACCCUGAUAUUGAACUUAAUGUCGCUGGUCAAGUUUUGACAGCAUUCAGAACCUGGGGCCAUGACAUCGGGGCAUCCAACUACAGUUUGGACCGAAGUCUCCGGUUGAAUCAAAGGCUUCGUAAUCAGGUCGUUGUGCUAUUGAACGUCUUUCAAGAUGAACUGAAGCAAGACAUUGAAGCGCUUCAACAUGGAACCUAUCAAUGGAACGACAUAGAUUUAUCGGAUCCUCUUUUUGACGAUGCAAUGGGCACAGCAAGCCCACUGCAACAGACCGAAAGCACACGCAUAGCUGCUGAAAUCCAAGAGGUCUUCCUGUGUGCGGAGGAUUCACUGGAUCAGCUUAAGUCUCUCAAUCCUGCCUUGAGAGAAGCUUAUCCAGAAGACCUAGAUGACGUCCCUGGCAAUCCGAAUGCUCCCAACGACCUGCUGAAUAACCCAUUGCGCGAACAUAUAGAGUUGACUAGAUCAAUGUUUCCCGGCGCAUCAGAAGUCUUGAUUGAAAGGCUUGGACGGGCCAACUGGAGACGACAACAGUCCCUGCGUAUUAUGCGGGAGAGACUGACCAACGAUUCGAGUAUCAAUGCCAGGACCUCAAGACCGGGUUCCCGGCAGGGCCUUCGGCGCGGUAUCGCUGUUGAUGCUAUCAGUUUCCAGCAUCCAAAGCCCUCGAUUCCUCGAAUUGAAGAGAUUCCAGAAAGAACACACAAACACGGCUCUAUCUCUGCGUCUGACAAUAGCUGUUCAACACGUACAGAGACUUCCGUUGCACCGUCCCGGCUCCCUCAUCCCCACUUCCCUCGUACGGCAUCCUCCACUUCAGAUACGCAGUCCACAGUUCAUAAGGCAGAUCCAUCGCCUUUUGUUGAGGGCUUCCAGCAUCGAGAAGUACCACUACCGCCCAGAUCCUUGGAUGGUCAGCCAUUCACCUGUCCGUAUUGUUGUUUCGAGGUCAAUCUAUACGAAGAGUUAAGAACCCCUGAAGACUGGGAAGCUCAUGUAUUUGAAGACUUACUGGCUUAUUUCUGCACCUUUGAUCAAUGCGAUUGGAGUCGCAAAACAUACGGUGCGCGUGACGAGUGGUAUCAACACGAGCUACGACACCAUCUCAUACCUCAAGUUUGGGGCUGCGAGUCUUGUCAGAAAGAAUUUCAAACCAAACCACAACUAGCACAGCACUUAUUUGAGUCACACUCGUUUGAGUUCUCGCCGGAAGAGGCGACUCAAAUUGUGUCAUUCUUGAGGCCGAUCCACUCCCGAAAGUCCUUCUCGAGAGAAAGAUGCCCACUGUGUCUGUCUCCGUUGGUGCCGGCACAGAUGAAGGAGCACAUAGCGGUGCACUUGGAGCAAUUAGCUUUGACAGUUAUUUAUGGGGAGGGGUUUACGGAAGAACAUGAUAGCGAUGAUUUUAUGUUACAAAGCGGUAAUAACAACAUGUCCGAAAGAGGAAUGAAACUACGGAUGCUGCACGCCUUUGCUGAAGAGCAAAGCGCACAGUUGGGACAGCGCCCGUACCCGGCCGAGAAUAUAGACGAAACCGAGGGUGAUGAUGUCUCAGUCGAGAGUGAACCAGUAUCGGGCUUCCCUGUUGAAGCAGAUAGUGGAUUGCUCGUCCCCUCGGGUGCUUCGGAAGGACAGGAGGUAACAAGUCUUGGCACUUGUCCGAGCCGCCCUACAGAAUAUGCUUCAAGCCGAUUCCACCGCCGAACUCGAUCUAACACAGACUCGAUGCGAAGAUUUCCAAUUGUCCAAACAAGGGCCUUUCCCAAAGAUGAAAGUUUCAAAGGCCGCGAAAAAGAGUUGGUCAAUCUCUACAAGAUUUUGUCAGAACCUGGCCGGGUUUAUGUUCUGAGUGCCGUUGGUGGCAUGGGGAAGACAGCUCUAGCCGCUGAGUUCACCUACCGAUACGAGCAGUCUUUCGAGUACAUCUUCUGGGUUCAGGCUGAGACCCAAGUGGGUGCUUCGGAAACCUUCAACCAAAUUGCUCUUGAACUAGGCUUAGCAGCACUAGGCAAUGAUUCAGAGGAGCUUACGAAAGUUGGGCGUGAGUUCCUGGAAAAUACCGAGAAGCGAUGGUUGAUGGUUUUUGACAAUGUGGAAAAUUGGGAUAGUAUUGACGGGUUCACGCCAACAAAGACAUCAGCGACAGCAGGAAGUAUUCUGAUCACCACGAGAUGCCAAGGCUUUACGGCACCAUCAAGGCCAAUCAACUACUAUCGCAAGACACUCGAAGAAAUGUCGAUAGACGAAGGAAGGGAACUUUUGCUUCACGGGCUUCCCCUGGAUCUUCGCCCAUCCACUUACUCCCUGAGAGAUCCCGAGUACAAAGCCGCGGGAGAUCUGGCAACACUAGCCGGCUUGCCAUUGGUAAUUGUUCUGAUCACUGGGUACAUGAAGGCAAUGAACUGUAAGCCGUCUGAGUUUGUCAGCUACUGGGAUUCUUGGUGGAUGGACAACAACCCGGGCUCUGGUCUAGAAGACGGAAUAAGCACCAACGGAAAGCUUGACACCAUCAUGAAAAUUUCCACGGAAGAUCUAAGCAGCGAUGCCAAUAAGGUUCUCCGUAUUAUGUCUUUCUUAGACAGUGACGGGGUUCCAAAAGACCUUCUACUCAUUGAGAAAGGUCAAAGUGGGCCAUCCUAUCUACAAGCCUUCAGGAUCGAGAAAAUUUUGAACCAGUUGAUAUCCAAGCAUUUCAUUUCUGAGAAGACCCAAAACAACAAGAAGAUGUACAUCGUUCACCGAUCUGUGCAAAUCAGAAUCUCCCGAGAGCUUCACAAGAAGACUCGACAAGCUGAAGAGCUGUUCCAACUAACUGUCGAGUUGGUUCGUCGACGGCUCCCGCGGCUUUCUUUGGACUUUCCAGACCCGCACAACUGGAGUCAUUUCAAGGAAUACUUGCCACAUGUUGCGACCCUUCAGGAGUUUUAUUCCGAUCCGGGUACGAUCAUCGCUUUGACACCUUUCAUCGAACUUGCCGAGUUGUUCAAAGACGGCGGAGUGUUCCUGUGGCAAAGGCUCCUCCGAAGUGACGCCAUGCGACUCUUGUUGGCCGCAGAGAGAAUCCUCGACCAAUUGGAAACGAAUCACGACGAGCUAAGAAAUGAGAUCCAUGUCACAAUGAACCACUUGCUCCAAUAUCUUGGUAUUUCCCGUCGCAAGGAAAUUAGUGAGCGGGCAAAGAAGAUACUGGACUUCAACCAAAAUCGUGCAAGGCAGCUGGAAGCUUCAGGCAAGCUCAGCGAUGUGGACAGGAUCCGAGUCAUCAACGCUUUCGCGGACUACGCCAACUCAUUGCUCCAGGGCAACGACUUCAAAGCUGCCGAGUCGAUCUACAAAGGCUGUCAUGAACGACUGCUUACCAUCACCUCUGAAGAAUCGGAUCCCUUCUCCUUUGCAAAGCUUGCCCAUCACAUGGCUUAUUGUAGUAUGUAUCGGCACGAUUUCGGGGAAGCCAUCCUGCUUGCCGAGAGGGCUAUUCGACUCAUGCAAGUAUUUGGCGACAAGUUGCUUGUUCUGCGAUUUCAGUUCGACCUUGCCUGCAUCGUGCUGCAGAGUGGCGACUUGAAGGGCUCCCUAGACCAGCAUGAGAUUAUCCUAGCUGAGAGGAUCAGGCUUCAGGGUAAAGACAGCUACUUCACUUUACAAAGUCAGUAUGCUGUGGGUGCAUUGUAUUCCUAUCUUGAAAGAUGGAACGACGCCGAGUGGCAGGUCAACAACGCCUUGCAGAAAGCUGAAGGUAAGCCGGGGAAAAGUGUCUGGUCAGAUGCUGCGACCGCGAGAGCCAAGUUCCAUCUAUCCCAAAUAUUGAAAGCGCGGAAUGGUGGCAAGAUGUCAAAGGAUGCAGAAAAGCUAGCCCAAGAAGGGAAGGACGUGUUAUCAAAGCUACUUGUGUAUGAUGACAUCUCUGGAGUCGAGGAGGAAGAUACACUAGCACUGUUCGAUCAUUUGCAGCCGGUCUUCGGAGGACGUUGGACGGGAAUGAGUCUUUUGAAUUUUUGGCGUGGCGAAGAUGUCGCGUUACCAAACUCUUCUCGUUCUCGGUCUUGGAUUCUUGACGAGGUGGUGAAGCAAAUAGGCAUGUCACCAAACUACAGAAUGCGCAUACUGGGAGUGAGCUGGCUCGUGUUUGUGGACAAAGUUAUAGACUCAGAGUUUGGUUGCUCUCAAGUAAGUGUUAUUGAGUACCUGAGAGGUACAUGCACUGCACCAACAAAUGCUUACUCACGCCUCCUGUUCGCCGAGGAGGGCAAGGUGCGCGGUCAUGUAGUCAUCCCCUUGAAAUCAGCCUCGGAAAUCUAUCCAGCCCUCUCCACGGUCCAUGUCGACAAGACCGCCUCGCCAGGGCGACAUGUGACUAUGGAUUCGCCAACAGCGAGGUUGGUUCUAGCCGCGCCGUGUGGCAUCCGCAAUGCCAAGCCGGCGAUGAGUGACCUUGCACCAAGGUUUUGCUCCAUCCUCUGUCCUUCAGAUGGAUCCCCAUCUAAAGGCUCUAACGCAGCCCAUCAUGCGUUUCUCUUCUGCAGCUUGGCUCCCGGCCACUUUUCUCGUCCAUCAGGUACGCCCUACGGAAGCAAAUUCGGCCUAAGGAAGAGCUACAUGUGUAAUGAAGACUUUCGCGAGUAG